UGGGGUUUUAUAUGCCCCCAACGAAACGUUAAAUUCAUCAGUUGAUUAUUAGGCUCUAAAUAGUGAACAACACAGCAUUCUCAAAAAAGUCUGUGCCGCUAUAUCUCCAAGAAAAAAAACCAAAAAAAUAUAAUAGUAAUUCCUUAAAAAAACGUAUUAAUUUUGUUCCAAAAAGAAAAAAAAAACAACUCAAAUUUUUUUAACGAUGUUUAUCAAAUCAAAUGUGUUUUUAAUUGCCGGCGUAUUGUGCGGCGUUCUCCUAACGGUUUGUGAAGCAAAAAAAGAACAUCAGAAACAGCAGCAACAACAACAGCAGCAACAAGAAGUAUGGGAACAAGACUUAUCCGAUACCUUUAAAAUCGAAGGUAGCGAUCAGGGUAUACAAAAGGUCAAUUUAAAAUGUGGCUCCGACUCAAUGCACGUUGUGCUGGAAACAGAGAAGCCCUUUACUGGAGUCAUGUAUACCCGAGGCAGUUUUUAUAAACAGACAGCACCCUGUUUUGUCAAACCCUCAGCGAAUGAAGGUGGAAAAUCACUGGAAAUGAAUUUCAGCUUGGAUGAAUGUCAAACCACUAAAGAUGGAGAACUUUACUCAAAUAUUGUGGUGAUACAAAAUGAUCCGGAAUUGAUUACUCCUGGAGAUUCGGCAUUUUCCUUGGAAUGUGAUUUUAGACAACCACGAAAUAUUAAUGUUGAGGCAUCAAUGCAAGCCAGAGACAGAAUUGCUUAUGCUUCUAAAAUAACACUUACCAGUCCUGAUCCUUCCGAGGUAUCAGACAAUACAUUGCACCCCACUGUCACAAGCGAAACAAACACUGUUACCUAUAUUCCCAAAGAUAAACUGAAAACAAAACCAAAGAAACAAAUCGUAAUUGAAGAGGAACAUACUAUACAUUUGGGAACAGUGGAAGAUGUUACACACACAUACACAAAGGAAGAAUUAUAAUGGAUUGCAGAACACUCACACUUAAAUUCAGAAUCUCCAAAGAUUCUGAAUUUAAGAAAAACGCAUGCAUGCAUAUAUAUAAAGAUAAUCGUUAAGAUCGAAUGACAACAGGAAUAGUACCGCGAAACCAAUAACUGCCAACGCAACUACAACAACUACUACUACUACGACUACUUUGAAACCUGAUAUUUGAAGA